GACACACGGACGAGGAGAUCGACACACGGACGAGGAGAUCGACACACGGACGAGGAGAUCGACACACGGACGAGGAGAUCGACACACGGACGAGGAGAUCGACACACGGACGAGGAGAUCGACACACGGACGAGGAGAUCGACACACGGACGAGGAGAUCGACACACGGACGAGGAGAGCGACACACGGACGAGGAGAGCGGCGAGACAACCGCGAUCGAGUGAGACGAGGCGAGGAACGGGAGAGGCGCCAUGGCUGUCGUACUGCGGCCACAGCACGGAGCGGGGGGCGGUGGUGGCAAGUCUGCGGCGGCGUCUGCCCCCCCCGAGUUGGUGGUGAAGGAGAUCCCCGAGCAGCUGUACGACCCGGGCACCAAGCGGCGUUACCAGCGAGGUCGCUUCCUGGGCAAGGGCGGCUUCGCCAAGUGCUACGAGAUGACGGACGUGGCCACGGGUGAGGUGUUCGCGGGCAAGAUCGUGUCCAAGACGAUGCUCAUGAAGCCCCACCAGAAGGAGAAGAUGAGCAUGGAGAUCACCAUCCACCGUUCGCUCGGCCACGCCAACGUGGUCAACUUCCACAGCUUCUUCGAGGACGACGACUUCGUCUACGUGAUCCUGGAGCUGUGCAGGCGACGGUCUCUGAUGGAGUUGCACAAGCGGCGCAAGGCGCUGUCGGAGCCGGAGGCGCGCUACUUCCUGCGUCACGUGAUCCUGGGCUGCCAGUACCUGCACACCAACAAGGUCAUCCACCGUGACCUCAAGCUGGGCAACCUCUUCCUCAACGACGACAUGGAGGUCAAGAUCGGAGACUUUGGGCUGGCGACGCGUAUCGAGUACGAUGGCGAGCGCAAGAAGACUCUGUGCGGGACUCCCAACUACAUCGCCCCGGAGGUGCUCAUCAAGAAGGGCCACAGCUACGAGGUGGACAUCUGGUCCAUCGGGUGCAUCAUGUACACUCUGCUGGUGGGGAAGCCGCCGUUUGAGACGAGCUCGCUCAAGGACACGUACGCACGCAUCAAGCGCACAGAGUACACCAUCCCCAAGGCCGUGAGUGCCGUGGCCGGGGCGCUCAUCGCCCGCAUGCUGCGCUCGGAGCCGCUGCUGCGGCCGUCGAUUGCGGAGCUGCUGCAGGACGAGUUCUUCACGACGGGCUACCUGCCGGCACGCCUCCCCACCACCUGCCUCUCGAUGGCGCCGCGCUUCUCGCUGGCGCCGCAGCCGCAGCUGCCCCCCGCCUUCUCGGCCAUCGCCGCCAUCACUGGCGGCGGCGGCGUUGGCGUCGCUGGGACCGCCGCGAUGCAUCGCAAGCCGCUGCUGGAGCUCAACAAGGAAGACUCGGGGGCGCCACGCAAGGCCGAAGAGAAGAAGGAAGUGCUGCCGGCGCCCAGUGACGUGGUGGCUGCGGACGUGGUGGGCAGCUCUGACUACUACCUCACGGACCUCUUCUCUCAGCUGAGCCGCCUGCUCGAGGCCAAGCCCUCGGAACGUCUGCUCGUGCGCGAGGACGAGGCAGAGGACCCCGCCGCGGUCCCCGUGCUCUGGGUGAGCAAGUGGGUCGACUACUCGGACAAGUACGGCCUCGGCUACACGCUGUGCGACAACAGCGUGGGGGUGCUGUUCAACGACUCGACGCGCAUGCUGCUCUACCCGGACGGGGAGCAGAUCCAGUACAUCGAGCGCGACCUCACCGAGUCGUUCUUCUCCAUGCACUCGUACCCCACGGCACUCACCAAGAAAGUGACUCUCACCAAGUACUUCCACAGCUACAUGAGCGAGCACCUGCUCAAGGCGGGCGCCAACAUCCCGACGCGCGAGGGCGACGAGCUGGCGCGCCUGCCCUACCUGCGCACGUGGUUCCGCACGCGCUCCGCCAUCGUGCUGCACCUCUCCAACGGCACGCUGCAGAUCAACUUCUUCAAGGACCACGCCAAGAUCAUGCUGUGCCCGCUGAUGGGCGCCGUCACGUACAUCGACGAGAAGCGCAACGCGCGCACGCUGCGGCUGGCGCUGCUCGCAGAGCACGGCUGCAGCGCCGACCUGAUGAGCCGCCUGCGCUACGCGCGCUCCAUGGCCGAGAAGAUGCUGAGCAGCCGCUCUGGCGCCGUGCGCGGGAAGAUCGCCGCUCCCUGAGCCACGUGUGUUGCCCCCCGCCACCACCACCGCUCGUUCGCCUGCCGCGCUGCGCUCUGUCGGGCAUCGCCGUUCGGGAGGAUGGAGCGGUGCCGGGAGAAGUCGUCACCCGGAGCGCCGCCACCACCCCUCCCCCGCCUCGCCCUUGUCCACCAUGCGCCGUGCGGGAGACUCGUCAGAGUGGGGGGCCCGGCCCCCCCCCAACAUACACACCCCCCCACACACACACACACCUCCACCCCCCCCCGUGUAGCGAUCGUGGGGGUUUGGUUUUGUUUUAGUUGUCGUUUUUUUUGUCAUCGAAAGAGUUUCUCUUUUAUCACUCGUUUUAAAAAAAUUGUGCGCAGGCCGGGUGGGUGUCUCUCUUUCCCGGGUGUGGGGAGCUGGGGAAGGGGGAGGAGGGUGGUGCUUUGGGGCCUGUGGCGGCACAACCGGUGAGCCUUGCGGUUUUGUACAUAGGGCUGCGGAGAGAGCGCUGUACAGACGCGUGUGCGAGUGUGUACACGUGCGUGUGCGAGUGUGUACACGUGCGUGUGCGUGUGAGACGUGUACAUGUGCGAGUGUACACGUGCGGCUGUUUUUACUUCUCCCCAGCAGCCCCUCUGUUUGAGCUGCUGCGGCUGCUCUCCAUCUUCCCUUUCACUCGAAUUUGCUCUCAAAAUGAUCUCGCCGUCUUCACGUUUGCGGACAUUUAUUAAUAAAAAGAGUUU